AGCCCUUGAAGAAGAAGAGAAAGCUAAGCUUCGAGAGCAUCAAUGGCUUCCACUCUCGGCGCCUUCGCCUCGCCGUCUUCCGCCAUUAAACUCACUCCCAAGAUUCAAUUCCCUUCUUUCAACCCUCUUUUUCUAUCCAGAUCCCACUCCAAUCGUCUCCUUGCCCUCCCAUCAUCUCCCUCUUCUCCUCUUCGGAUCUUUAGCCAGAGAUGGAAGCUUUCGGUGGCUCCUGAGGCUUUGGAGGUCGACGAGAAGCCCCCGGAGCCUGAGCCUGUGGAGGUUCAGAUUGAAGCUUCGUUGGCUAGUGAUGCGAAGGGCAAGCCGGAGGAUGUGUUCGCGGUUGUGAUGGUUGGUUCUCGCCAGUAUAUCGUCUUCCCAGGAAGGUUUAUCUACACACAGAGACUCAAAGGAGCUAAUGUCAAUGACAAGAUUGUUCUAAACAAGGUUUUACUGGUCGGAACCAGAACCAAGGCAUACAUUGGAGAGCCAGUGGUCACAAAUGCUGCCGUCCAUGCUGUAGUUGAGGAACAGGGCCUGAACCGUAAAGUUAUUGUGUUCAAGUAUAAAAAGAAGAAGAACUAUAGAAGAAAUAUCGGCCACCGCCAGCCAAACACUCGGAUCAGAAUCACAGGAAUUACUGGGUAUGAAGAUUUUCCGGCGGAGACCCUUCCUGCUCCAGCCUAGUGAUGGUGAGCUUUAAAUAUCAGUCAUGUGUUUUUCAAUGUAGUUGUGAACUCUGUGUAUUCUGUUCAUGAAUUAUUCAAUUUCUAGCUCUAGAGUUGUAAAAUUUUCUCUUUUGGCUG